GCAUCUUUCCCCACCCGGAAGAGAUGCUACAGCGCAACAAUGGCGGCGGUUCAGAGGCUCUUUCUAACGGCUCCACAAACGACCCUGCUCGCUGUCAGAUGCGCUUCUAAAAAAUCUGGGGGCAGCUCAAAAAAUUUAGGUGGCCGCAGCCCUGGGAAGCGUUAUGGAUUCAAAAAAGUAGAAGGAGCAUUUGUGCAUGCAGGCAACAUCUUGGCUACGCAGCGGUUGAUACGCUGGCAUCCAGGAGCUCACGUGGGGAUGGGCCGUAACAAGACCCUGUACGCCCUGGAGGACGGGAUUGUCAGAUACACCAAGGAGGUGUACAUACCCCCACCGCGCAGCAGCGAGAGCCGGGAGGUGAUCUGCCGCCUGCCCAAAGGAGCAGUUUUGUAUAAAACCUUUAUCAGUGUUGUUCCCACUGCAGAAGUUGGAAGCUUUAAACUGGUCACCAUGCUCUGAGCCAUCUGCUCAAUAGGGACGGAUGGGGACGAGCGGUGGGACAGACUGCUCCAGCUGGACUGGCAGCUGAGGACAGGAGCAUUCUAGCUCAGGAGAUACCAGGUCAGGACUGUGUUUUCUUGCUCCCAAAGUGCACAUGGUUAGUGCUCAGGCACGAGGAUUGCCUGCUUGCAUUGCUAAGUGUGUUUAAUAAAUGCUGUGGGGCUACUG